AAGAUCUAGAAAAACGGUUGAAAAAAAGAGACGCGAGUUUCAGUGUCUCCGCGGCGGGCAUUUGAAGCUUGAGGCCGCUUUUAGUUUGUCUGUUGUGGGUCUUUGUUGUUUAUUUGCACCCAAUCAGCGUCUGUCGUGUGAUGAAGCGCAUUAUUGUUCCUCUGGACUGCGUUCGCGUCAUUAUUGUCGUUAGUAAAGACUUUUUCAGCCCGUGAGUGAAGGCGUCCGUCACAGGAAUGACUACUUCACAGAAAUUCCAGAGCUCCAAGCUCACAGGACACUCUGACAUGGAAUGGGCGACCCCAGCUGUCUCUGAGAAGUUCCAGAGCCGCUUUGGAUGGCGGCCCAGCAAAGUGGACAGUGGGGACAUGGGACUGGGUACCUUUGACCACACUGAAGAUAUCUGCAGCAGUAGAAGCAGUCCAUGCUUUCAGCCCAUUCGCUCUCAGAUCCCCAUCCCAACCGCCCAUGUCAUGCCCUCCACAGCCGGAGCUCUGGCUUCCAAACUCAAGCCACGUUCUUCUGAAGAGGGCCGGACGUCCUCUAGCUCGUCCAGCUCGAAAUCAUCACUCUCCAAAUCGGCCUCAUCCCCCAACCUGGAUGCUCAGCACGAUGGAAAUUUGGACUCUACCGCGGUCAAGCCUGAUUGCCUGAGCCGAUACCGUAGUCUAGUAAAUGGCCUGGACCACUCGCUCUUCCCCUCGGGAGAUCAGACACGACUGGAUGAACCUCAGAAGUUUGAUGUUCCUACCAUGGAGCCAACGCUUAAUCAGUCAGCACUGCUCGGAGGUCUUUAUCCUGAUGUAUGCCAGCAGCUGCAGAUGACCGCCCCUGCGGACAAUGCUGGCUUGCAUGAUCCGACCUAUAAAGUUCUACCAGAGUCCAGGACAUGUCCUGUAGAUCCUUACAGCCAAAGGAACAUAUAUUCAGGCUCUGGCACCUCUGCCAGGAUGUUCUCCAUACCUCAGGGCCUGCAGACUCAGGCUCUCCUGAGGGACCAGGCCUGCACUUAUGAUCAGCUACUGCAGGAACGCUGUGGUGAACUGGCCAGCUGGCAGCAGCAGAAGCAGAAACUGGAGAGUCUGCGGCUACAGGUGGAACAAAUGCAGUUAAUGACUGGAGGAAGUGGACAGUACUUGCCACUAUAUCCUUCAGCUGCUCACACAGAGAACAGCAAGUGGAACGCAGUCAUUAAAGCCAACGAGAACUUGCUGAAAGAUAAAGAGCUCACUAUUGAAAGACAGAAGCAGCAGAUGUCUCAGCUAGAGCAGCGUCUCAGAGAGAGUGAGCUGCAGGUGCACAGCGCCCUAAUGGGACGGGGAGCUCCUUACACCGAUGUGUGUCUGUUGAGACUACAGGAAGCGCAACGGGAAAAUGCCUUCUUGCGAGCCCAGUUUGCCGAGCGCAACAACUGCUUUACCAAGGAGAAGCUAGAAGCAGACCGGAGACUGGGAGCGGUGGAAACAGAAAUGCAACGUCUGAAUGAAGUCUUGAAGGAAAGUAGUGAAAAACAUGCAGAGGAGCUUAAGAAGCAAGAGGAGAGGAUCCGCAGUCGGGACAAGCACAUCAACGGCUUGAAGAAGAAAUGCCAAAAGGAGGUUGAGCAGAACCGAGAAAAACAGCAACGGAUUGAGACGCUUGAACGAUAUCUGGCUGACCUCCCCACCAUGGAGGACUAUCAGGCCAAGCACAAGAAGCUGGAGGAGGUGGAGGAGAGGGCCGCUGAGUUGCAGUCCACCGUCAGAGAUCUGGAGGUCCAGCUGGAAGCGGCUCACACUGCUGUACACAACAAAGAGACACAGCUGGAGGAACAGAGACACAAAGAGAGAGAACUGCUUACAACAGUGACCAGUCUUCAGAACAGAGUGCAGGAGAGUCUUGAGGAUGGAGUGAGGUUGCCCUCUCUUGACAUAGAGAAGCUUCGAGAAGAAAACUCUGCAUUGAAAGAGGAACAGCAGCGACUCAAAAAGGUCAUCGAAAAGCAACUCAGGAUGAUGGAGCAGCUUGGCUCACAGAUCAGGACUCUGGAGGAGCAGAUCUCUCAGGAGGAGAGUAUCAGUCAGGCUCUGCGACAGGAGACGGCAGACAAAGAGCAGAGUCUCCUGCAGUUACGCAGCGCUAUGAAGGAGCUCUCAGUGCAGAACCAGGAGCUGAUGGAGCAUAAUCUGACUCUGCAGGAGCGUCUUCAGGGCGAGGAGCCGUCCAGUGGCUGUGGUUUGCUGCCCGCCGGAGCUCAACUCACCCAGAGGCUGCAUGGAGAGAUGGCUGCCUGUCUGUGUGACCUGCGCUCCCUCUGCAACGUCCUCACGCAGAGGGCUCAGGGCCACGACCCAAACCUCUCCAUGCUGCUCGGCAUUGCGUCAGCUCCUCCUCCAGUAGCAGAGCAGUGGGACGACUGGGUCAGUCCUGAAGGCCUGCAGAAGAAGCUGAAUGAAGCCCAACAGCUCCGUCGAGACGUGGAGGAACUGAGAACCACCGUCUCCGACCGAUACGCUCAGGAUAUGGGAGAAAACUGCAUCACUCAAUGAGAACGUGUUCAAUGAGGGUAAAUCCACAUCACACAUGCCUUCAAAAGACACUACAGAAACAAACCUCGAUAAAAGGACACUACAAUCUUGGACAAAAAAAAAUCAGAGGGAUAUUUUUAUACGAAGAUAUUUUUCUAAGAUAUUUCUGAUGGCUUGUGUGUGCAUUGGAAAGUGGGUGAUUUAAUAUAAAGCUUUCCAUGCAAUGGAAUGCCAGUGAUGAAGUUGACAAUCAACUGAUGAUAUUUAAUAUUUUUGUGCGACUCAGAUGCCAUGUGGGUAUUUUUUUUUGCAAUAGCCUGAAGUAUCAGACGACAAAAAUGCAUUAACUCAGUGUUUCUCAACCACGUUCCACCAACACUGCAUGUUUUGGAUGUCUCCUUUGUCUGUCACAUCUAUUACAGGUCUUUCAGUCUCUGCUAAUGACUGAUGAUCUGAAUCGGGUGUGUUGGUUGGUUGGUGACAUGGAAAAUGUGCAGAGCUGGUGGGCCUCAAGGAGCGUGGUUGAGAAACACCGCAUUACCUGAGAUCCAUUAUCGUACAGCAAACAGAACGCAUCGCAUUAAACACAAAUCUAAGGCUGAGGAAAUAUUAAGCCACCUCUGACUGUUUGAGAUCACACUAAAUGACACUGAAAGCUUCAUGAGGGGUACAUUUGGACAAUAGACAUUCCCUAACAUUAUAAACAAUCUCAGGUUCAGCAGAUCUGAGACGAACCUGGUUUAAUGUACACAGUAUUAUGCAGAGAAAGAAGAGUUUGUAAACCAUAAUGCUAAGUUCUAAUUAUUUGUUAAAUUAAAAAAAGGUAUUGGACGUCUUCCUGAAGCUACAUAUUCAUGCUGUCAUUUCUUUAACUAUUUUUAAUACCUCAUUGCAAUAAUAGGUUCUUUACAGCUACAAAGUUAACACACUAAAUGUUUUAUAAUAUGUAAGUGUGAUUAGGUGGAGGAUCAUCUUGCCUGUAAAAUAUUAUGGCGCUGUUGUAAUCCGUGAUGUGUUUGCCGUCUGGUUGGUAAUUAGUUUUGGCCACGUCACUGAAUCAAUACAUUAGAGGAAACCAACUGGUGAAGCAAAUAUUGUUUAAGUGCAUGAUAAACAUUAGCACAGGUGCCUUGCGUUCAGUCAAGUCAAUUACUUUACAUGACAUAUCAAUGUAAACAAUAACCGCGUUUCAUUUAAUUCUGUAAUUCAUGUAAUUCUGUUGGUAAAAGCGACCACUUAUCGUGAGGAGAUUUGCGUGAUGAAUUGUAUUCUGGUCAAUGGACUUCACUAACAAGUGUGAAUGGGAUUUGACGUGCAUCAGACGAUUUUUUUUUUUUGUAUUAUAAACUCAGGUUUAACACACACACAACCAGCCAGGCAAGACUAAUAUGCCAAAAACGUUCUAACAACACUAAAUGUUAAUAUAUGUGUAUAUAAAUGAGACAUUUCGUCUUAAACUGUUACAGUUUUUAAUAAUAAAGAUUUGUAUUUCUUAUGUAAA